AUGUCAGCCCCCCAAUUCUACAACUACCCCGGCGCCGAAUCAGACCCCAAGAGCUUCCACUACAGCCAAACAGUCAAACUCGGCAACAUCAUCAAGACCUGCGGGCAAGGUGGGUGGGACAAGGACGGCAACAUCUCACUGUACCUGUCGCAGCAGAUCGCACAGGCCUUCGACAACGUCGAAAAGGCGCUCAAGAACGUCGACGAGCGCCUCUCCUGGGAACACGUCUACGCGGUGCGCAGCUACCACGUCGACAUCGACCAUGCCUUCCAUCUGGUCACGGAGCAGUUCAAGCAGCGCAUGAACCACCGCCCGAUCUGGACGUGUAUGCAGAUUGGCAAGCUGGCGCUGGACGGGAUGCAGGUCGAGAUUGAGGUUGAGGCGCAUUAUCCGUUUUAA